AGCCAUCAGUUUGCUAGUUAAGUUCUUCAGUAUAGUUCAGUAUUUGUUGACAAAAACUUAAAAUGAGUAAAAACACUCUGAUUGAAAUUCCAUUCGAAGAUUGGUCGAAACUUCGAGAUCUCUAUAUAAAUCGGAAGUUGGAAUCCAACUCGUUCAAUUUGAUUCAAAACUUUAUUGAUUGGUUGAACAAAGAUCCAUCUUUGAAAGAAUCAAUAAAAAUCUAUUCGCUAAACGGUGAUUGGAGUGAUGGAACUUUUAUACUUUGUGAUCAUGGAUGUUAUAUCAUGCCAAAUACUCUGGCCGAUUCUCAAGACCGUCUACUUGCAGCUCUUCAUUGUCUCUACAAAAAAGAUGUAUUCAUGUUCUAUGGUUCUCCUUUAAGAAUUAAACCAACCAUAGACAAAUAUAUAACAGAACUAGGAAUCAAUAAAGAUUCUGUUAACUUUCAUACUGUUAUUUGGCAUCAUAUUGAACUUAAGAAAGCUUUGGAAUUUCAAAUCGACCCACCAGAAGGAAUAACUUUAUCACCUAUUCGAGAAGAAGACAUUGAUAUUGUCAAUAGACUAUGGCCACAUUAUCAUCCCGGAUCGGAAUUAUUUGUUGGACGAUUGAUAAAAUUCAAUCAAAGUAUUGGGGCUUAUGAUGAGAAUGGAAAAUUGGUUGCAUGGUGUUUGCUUUUACCAUUUGGAGCAUUAGGAUUGUUACAAGUCAUAGAUAGUCACAAACGAAAGGGUUUCGGAAGUCUUGUUGUUAAAGCUAUGGCCAAAAUUAAUGCAGAAAAAGGAAUUGAAACUAUGGCACCAGUUGUUAAAGAAAAUGCUGGAUCUCUAGCUAUGUUCAGAAGUUUAGGAUUUCAAGGAAUUGAUAAGAUAUUUUUUUGUGAAUUUUAAAAUUUUUUAAUAAAAACAGUAGAAUAAGAUAA